AGCCAUUAUGGCCCAAACACAUGUUCGGCCCCCAAUUGGCUCCCUCUGCACUUGCUUAACCGCACGCGUGAUGUCCUGGUGGUGCCCGACAGGCUUCUCCUGGUCCGCCGCUGCACCGCGGCAUGUGAGAAUGUGCUGGUCACCAUUUCCUCUGCUGCUGAUCCGUUCACGGGCAAGGCGAAGCUGUGAAGCAUAGCGCGCUCGGCGAUGACACGUGGUCUGCUCGAUGCCCAAAUCGAGAGUGUGAAGAGGAUGGCGCAAGUAUGUGAGGUCAUCGAUCGCGGCCACCAGCGUGGAUGCGCCCAGCAGAGCGAGAUCAACAGUUGUUUCUCGCAGCGUGCUGGCCCCGCUGUGCCGGAUCAUGAUGUUCUUCACGAUGGCUGGCUUCCUCAUGACGCUGACGAUGACGAUGGUCACUGUGGCGACCCAGGGACUCACUGACGGCGACGACGGCUUCCCUCUGCUCCGGUGGUGCAUUGGCGUCAUCGACAGUGUGGCUCGGACCCGUGGCACGAUGGAGCAUGUGACCCGUGGUGUCCUGAUGGUCCGCCUCACAAAGCUCUUCGGCAUCAGCAGCUGGGCCUACCUCGUGUUCCUCUGACCGCUGAUCAAGCUCGUCAGCGCUCAUUGUCCUGAUGGCAGUCUUCAUGGAGGACGUCAUGUUAGCCAUCGACAUGCUGAUGAUGCACUGUCGGGGUCUGGUGGCCGCCUACAUGAAUGUGGGGACGGUCGUCGAGUCUUUCCUCCAGUACCUGAUUCGCGUUUUGAGCACUUUCCUGGCGGUAUUCGUCUUCGACUGGCUGCUGGUCAUAUUCGUCACGGUGUUCAUGGUCCUGAAGGCGGUUUUCAUGAAGGACGGGAUGACUAUCAUCGACAUGCAGAUGAUGCGCUGUUGGUUUUUGCUGGUCGCCAACAUGACCGUGGGGACGGUCGUCCAGUCCGUCCACCCAUGCUUGAGAUGCGUGGUGAGCAUUUUCCUGACGACACUCGUUGCCAUACUGAUGUGGAUAUUUCUGGUCUCGGUGAUUUUUUUGCUGGCUGUUUUCCUGCAGGUGAGGGGCCACCGCGGGGGCUUCCUGUAGCGUUCCGUUCCAAUUCAGCAAGGAGGCCCAUAUUUUCAUUCCUGCUGGUGGCAAUGUGGAUAUCCUCCGCCAUGAACCUCACUGUGGACCUCCUGCUGGAGUACCUCAGCUCCUUGGAGUACCACCUGGUGGUGCGGAUCGUCCCCAUGAAGUGCUUACUGGAGAGUGCAUCGUGGUGGAGUGCUACCUGGAGGUGAGGUUCUUCCUCAUGAAGGUUUUCCUGGUGAAGUGUUCCCCUGGAGGGCCACCCGGUGCUGCGGAUCUUCUGGGUGUCGCGGUUCCUGGAGGAGUGGACGUAUGUGGUCUGCGACCUGGGGGAACGGUAGCAGUUCUUCAUGGCGACGUGCUCCAUGGAGAGUUGUUUGGAGGUGCGGGUGGUCUUGGUGCAGAGUCUCUCGGCGGAAUGGGUAAUUGUGAGGUGCGACCUGGAGGUGCGGACCCUCCUGGCAGCGGCCUUCGUGAUGCAGCGCUCCCUGAAGAGAGACUUGGUGGUGCAGAUUUCCUUGGCGAAUGGUUUCCUGAAGGAGUGAAUGCUGGUCGUGCGGUUGCUGGGUAAGCGGAUCUCCCUGGAGACGUGCUUCCUGGAGGGUUGCUUGGUGGUGCGUAUCUUCCUGGUGAAGUACUUCCUGGACGCGUGGAGGUUUACUUCGCGCUACCUGGCGGUGCCGACCUUCAUGGCGAAGAUCCUGGGCAUUCAUCUUCUGGGGGGCCUACCACCGUGAAGCACAUCCCUGGACUGGAUUCGUCACUUGUGUUGCGUGGGGCUCAUCAAAGUGACGUGGGUAAGGGAGGUGCCCUUGAUGUCGUCGAGCCCUCUGGUGAGCUUGGAGGUGUAGGGGGUUUUCCAGGGCUACUUGGCGAUGCGAAUCUUUUGGCGAUGUUCCUGCUGGUGCUCUUAUUGCUGCGUGUGUGCGUCCUGCUGCUGGAGGGCCUUCCAUCACGAAUCAGAUUCCUGGAUUUGGCAGGCCAUUUGUGUCGCACGAAGCCCAUCGCAGUGACGUUGGCACGAGGGGCGCCCCCGAUACUGUCGAGCCUGCUGGUGCGACGGCUACGAAGCGGAAGAAGAAGCAACAACACCCAAGCAAUAUUAAUGCCACGAGCUCUGGUGGCCAUGUCCAUGCGCGCACCGCGUCCUCGACUGCUUGCUGUUGAGCAUGUUCCUGCGGGGCGCCCUCGUCCUCAAGGCCGCCGUGCCGCUUGCGGCCUGCCGGGAGGUCCUACUCUCCGCGGGUGCGCUGACCGUCAUCGUCUUCCCCCGCGCGGCGCGGGCAUGAAUUUGCUGUACGUUGGCCUCCUGCUCUCCCAUGUCGCGGAGCGUAGGGGGGCUGCCCUGGGCCCCGCACUGGUCGAAGCGAACACGAUACGAGCGGAUGGAAAAUCCUC